AUGAAUGGGCAAAAGCGAGGGACAACUUUCGAAGCGAUUAUGCAAGCACAAAUGUGGUUCGAUGCCAUUGGCCAGGAUGUCACUCCACGAUUCACCGACAUCGAAUUCGUCGUUGGACUCCCUGAUGAAUCAAGACUCACCAAUUCAAAGGGAGUCAAGCCUAUUGGAAGAAAGGCGGCAAAUGCCAAGGCAAGAGAAUCUGACAAGGCAAGAGAUGAAGCAUUGAGAAUUGAGAGAGACAUGAAAAGAGAUGAGGCUGACAAGGCAAGAGAUGAAGCAUGUGCAUGA